AUGGCCGCCACGAAAGCUAUCCUUGUAACUGGCGCUACUGGCAAACAAGGCGGAGCCGUGCUCGAACAACUCGCAAAGCACCCAUCGCACGCUGAAUAUACACUCUUGGCUGUCACCCGUGACGCCAACUCCGGCUCUGCAAAGAAGAUCGUCGAGCGUCACCCCGACGUCAAGUUGGUGCAAGGCAACUUGGACGAUUGCCCAGCGCUCUUCGCAUCAGCUAAGGCUGCACUCAAAGAAGCCGGUAAAGAAGAGAAGAUCUGGGGUGUAUACUCUGUACAAGUUUCUCUAGGCAAGAAUGUCACCCACGAAAGCGAGGUUGUGCAGGGUAACGCUCUAAUCGAUGAGUCGAUUAAAGAAGGCGUCACGCACUUCGUUUACUCCAGCGUCGACCGCGGCGGCAACGAGCGAAGUUUCGAGAACCCAACACCCAUCCCACAUUUCCAGAGCAAGUACGAGAUCGAGAAGCAUCUUCUCGAGAAGGCUGGCAAGAAUGGCGAGAACAUGGGCUGGACCAUUCUCCGACCUGUUGCCUUCAUGGACAACUUAGUACCUGGUUUCCCAAGCAAAGUCUUCCUUGCCGCACUUCGCGAUACAUUGCAGGGCAAGUCCAACCAGUGGGUGUCUGUUGAAGACAUUGGCCUUUUCGGUGCAAAAGCCUUCGUCAACAACCAAGAAUGGAACGGACGCGCCGAGGCUCUCGCCGGUAGUGAGCUCACCAUGGACGAGAUGAGUGGAUGCUUCGAGCGUGUUAUUGGCAGUCCAGUGCCGGCCACCUACGGCAUGUUUGGCUCCGCGCUUAUGUGGGCCGUCACCGAAGUGAACGUCAUGAUCAGUUGGUUUGCAUCUGAGGGCUAUGGCUGUGAUAUCAACAAGCUGAAGAAGGAGGAGCCUAAGCUGUGUGAUUUCGAGACUUGGCUGGCAGAGAGGAGUGGGUGGAAGGGGCAGGCUAUCAAGCGAUAG